AUGAGCUCAAACAAGAGCUCUCGCUACAAUCGUUUCUCCAGUGGCACAACAAGCAUCACUACUUCUGAAAACACCAACGGGACAAGAAUGGAAACAACUUUUGGGCCAGCCUAUUCUGCUGUGACAACCAUAACCAAGGCUGACGGGACCAACACCUUUAAGCAGCACCGCCGGACCCCGUCCUCCUCCAGCACACUCACCUACUCCCCACGGGAUGAGGAUGAUGGCAUGCCCCCGAUCAGCACCCCACGCCGCUCCGACUCGGCCAUCUCCGUUCGUUCACUGCACUCCGAGUCCAACAUGUCCUUGCGCUCAACGUUCUCUCUCCAUGAGGAAGAGGAGGAGCCAGAGCCACUAGUGUUUGCGGAACAGCCGUCCGUGAAGCUGUGCUGCCAGCUGUGCUGUAGUGUGUUUAAGGAUCCAGUCAUCACAACCUGUGGGCACACAUUUUGUAGAAGAUGUGCCUUAACAUCUGAGAAGUGCCCCGUGGACAAUGCCAAACUGACUGUGGUGGUGAACAACAUCGCGGUGGCCGAGCAGAUCGGGGAGCUCUUCAUCCACUGCAAGUACGGCUGCCGGGCUGCGGCCACCAGCAAGCCCGCUGCCUUCGAGGUGGACCCCCGUGGCUGCCCCUUCACCAUUAAACUGAGUGCCAGGAAGGAUCAUGAAAGCAGCUGUGAUUACAGGCCAGUUCGCUGCCCCAAUAACCCCAGCUGCCCACCUCUCCUGAAGAUGAACCUGGAGGCACAUCUGAAAGAGUGUGAGCACAUCAAGUGUCCCCACUCCAAAUAUGGGUGUACGUUCAUAGGAAAUCAAGACACUUAUGAGACCCACUUGGAGACGUGCAAAUUUGAGGGUCUCAAGGAGUUCCUGCAGCAGACAGACGAUCGCUUCCAUGAGAUGCAGGUGGCAAUGGCCCAGAAGGACCAGGAGAUCGCCUUCCUGCGCUCCAUGCUGGGGAAGCUCUCUGAGAAGAUUGACCAGCUGGAGAAGAACCUGGAGCUCAAGUUUGAUGUGCUGGAUGAGAACCAGAGCAAGCUGAGCGAGGACCUGAUGGAGUUCCGCAGGGACGCCUCCAUGCUCAACGAUGAACUCUCCCACAUUAAUGCUCGGCUCAACAUGGGCAUCCUUGGAUCCUAUGAUCCUCAGCAGAUCUUCAAGUGCAAGGGCACCUUUGUAGGACACCAGGGCCCUGUCUGGUGUUUGUGCGUUUACUCCAUAGGAGACUUGCUCUUCAGUGGCUCUUCAGACAAAACCAUUAAGGUGUGGGAUACCUGUACCACAUACAAGUGCCAAAAGACCUUGGAGGGUCACGAUGGAAUUGUACUGGCUCUCUGCAUCCAGGGGAACAAGCUGUACAGUGGCUCUGCUGACUGCACCAUUAUUGUCUGGGAUAUUCAGAACCUGCAGAAGGUGAACACGAUCCGAGCACAUGACAAUCCUGUUUGCACUUUGGUCUCCUCACACAACAUGCUGUUCAGUGGCUCUCUCAAGGCCAUCAAGGUCUGGGAUAUUGUAGGUACCGAGCUCAAGCUGAAGAAGGAGCUGACAGGUCUCAACCACUGGGUGCGAGCGCUGGUGGCUUCUCAGAACUAUCUCUACAGCGGAUCUUACCAGACAAUCAAGAUCUGGGACAUCCGCAAUCUGGAGUGUGUCCACGUGCUGCAGACGUCGGGAGGCAGCGUCUACUCCAUCGCUGUGACAAACCACCACAUCGUGUGCGGCACCUACGAGAACCUCAUCCAUGUCUGGGAUAUAGAGACAAAGGAGCAGGUCCGCACGCUGACCGGGCACGUGGGCACAGUCUAUGCCCUUGCUGUCAUCUCCACGCCUGAUCAAACCAAAGUCUUCAGUGCAUCAUACGACCGGUCUCUCAGGGUGUGGAGCAUGGACAACAUGAUCUGCACCCAGACGCUGCUGCGGCACCAGGGCAGCGUCACUGCCCUCGCCGUCUCCAGGGGCCGCCUCUUCUCCGGCGCCGUGGACAGCACUGUAAAGGUCUGGACGUGCUAG